UUUAUAAAAGGAAAAAAAAACCCCAAAUCCGUUCGCCGAAACUCGGACACCCCCAAACCCUCUUCCGUUCUCGCUUCUCCGUCGUCUCUGAUUUUCUGACUCUGCAACUGAAGCAGCGCUGUGCGACGGUCGACGGUCAAAUUUUUCCUUAAGCUCACGAUUUCGUCGCCAGAAAAGGUGGUUGAGCCUAGAAAAAAUGGUGAGGAAGAAAGAUAAGUUUUGGGUACAUGUGGAGCAACUUGGUUUGAACCGUUUCAAAUGUAAAUAUUGUGAACUUGAUUUUUCUGGGAGUGUUACUCGAGUAAAGGCUCAUUUGGCUUGCCUAACUGGCCAUGAUGUUCAAAUUUGUUCCAAAGUGCCUGAUCACAUCCAAGUUGAAGCCCUUGCAGAGCUAAAUUUGAAUGCAUCUAAGAAGAGAAAGAGUGAGACUAUGGAAAGUGGAAUUGGUUCUACAACUGACCAAUAUAAGACCACGGUGCUAGAAAUAGCUUCUGAGAAAGAUAAGUCAUUGGACAGGAUGUUAACAGAUUUUUUUGUCAAGAAUAACAUUUCCUUCAACCUUAUUGAAAUUGAUUCUUUUAUUAACAUGAUGAGGGCUGCAUGUGAAUAUGGGCCAGGUUUUGUUGUACCUGAUUACUCAACUCUCCGCACCCGUUUGAUUCCUGAAGCAAAAAUAGAGGUCAUGGAAUAUGUUAGUAACAUAAAGUCUACUUGGGCUACCACAGGUUGCACAAUUAUGUCUGAUUCUUGGACUGACUUAAAGAAGAGGUCUUGGGUCAAUGUGAUUGCUUACUCUACUGGAGGUGUUGUAUUUCUAAAAUGUAUUGAUUGUGGUACAAGCAAAAUAACUGCACCAUUUCUCUUCAAAGAAAUUUCUGCUGUUAUUGAAGAGCUUGGACCACAAAAUGUAGUGCAGUUCAUUUCAGAUAAUACUGCUAACUAUAACUUUUGUGGUGAUAUGUUGAGGGGAAAGUGGCAUCAUAUAUAUACUACAAACUGUGCUGCACACGGGGUGAAUUUGCUUUUGAAGGAUAUAUACAAACAUGUGAAUUGGGUGAGAGAAGUUAUUAAUGAUGGAAAAAAUGUGGUGGAUUAUAUGCUCAAGCACACUGCUAUUUUUGCCUUAAUGAAGCAAUUCAUCAAUGAUAAAGAGCUUAAGCAACCUUCCAAGACAAGGUUUGCUACAUAUUUUUCAAUGCUUCAAUCUCUUGUUGCAGUUGAAAACGAGCUUAGGCUUUUAGUUGCAUCAUCUGAUUGGAGUGACUUUCACUUCAAUGAGGCUGAAAUGGCAGUAAAAAUUGCUAGGAUCAUUCAAUCUGAUGCUUUCUGGGAGGGGGCAAAGGAAGUUGUUUCUUUCAUGGAGCCAAUCAUUCUGAUUCUUCGGCUUGUUGAUUCAGAGGGUGCCACUACAGGUUACUUAUUUGAAGCAACAGAAAGGGCAAAGGAAACAUUACAAAAAUUUGUGGAGAAGGAUGGAGUCAAAUAUUCAAUCAUUAUGGCUUUGUUAAAUAGUAGAUUGAAGGAGAACAUUAUUCAUCAUGUUCAUGUGCUUGCUGCAAUUCUAAAUCCUGCUUUUAUGUAUGCUGGUCGAUUUAAGAUAGAGACAUCUAGAAUUCUAGAAGCACAAGAUUUUAUUUUGGAAACCAUGCUUCCUCCAGAAGAACAUGAUCAAUUCACUGCAGAAAUGGUUGAAUAUCGUAUGAAGAAUCCAAAGGUGUUCUCUAUCACAGGAAUGUCAAUGAUGAGAGUAAGCCAUCCAAGGAUUUGGUGGCAAUUUUGUGGUGGGUGUUUUCCUGUGGUUCAAAAGGUUGCUUGCAAAAUUUUGUGUCAACCUUGUAGUUCUUCUCAUUGUGAGCGAAAUUGGAGUGCGUGGGAUGCAGCACAAACAAAAAAGAGAAAUAGAUUGGUCCCAGAUAUGAUAGAAGAUUUGGUCUACAUCAGGAUGAACUCUUUGAUGAAAGAGAAGUAUGAUAACCGUGAGCUUCAAGAUUUGAAACCCAUCGAUUUGGAAAAACUUAGUGAUUUGCUCGAGGAAGACAUUGAACUGGAGAUGGAGAGACUUGAACAAACAUAUGUUGAAUCCGAUCCACCAGACAAUGGAAUUGAUGGGAUGGAUCUUACAGGAUCUGCUUCAGAUAGUUUCCUACAAUCUUGACAUUUGGACAUAUUUCUCAUGAUAGAGUUCUAUUAUCACUUCUAAAUUUUGGAACAUCUAUUUUAUGGCUCUUUUGUGAUAAUGGAUGAUAUAUUUUAGGUUGGGCAUUUUUUUUUAUAUGGGGUUUGAAUUUGGAAUUGGUCUUAGAUAUCUUGUUUAUUUAUAUGAAGUUGUAAUAUAUAUUUUGUAUAGUGCUUGGAUUUUGGAAUUCAGAAUGGGUUGUGGAAUUAUAUACAUUUUAGUUGGAUUUUAUAGACUUACUAUUGCUUUUAA